AAUGAGUCCUGACAAAGCAGAUUAUUUAAUAAAUACAACUAAAAAAAACAUUAAAUUAAUCAUGACUAACUCAUUGACGAUGAUAGUUGAUAUCUUAUUUUCACUUAAAACACGUUCGAUGAUUAACCUAUAUUGUGAUCAAUUUGUUCUUUCUCUUUAUCACGUUCUUCUUCACUAAAACCAAACAUGUUUCUAUAAAAUCAAAAAAGAAAACAAUCAUUCUAAAUUUAAAUUCCAUUUUAUAAUUUCGCCGAGAAAUGAAAUUCAACGGAAAAUAGAAAACUAAAUGAUCAAUUUGUCUUUAAUAAUCAAGUCUUUGUCUUAUCUACAACCAAGUCUUCUCCGGAACGCUAUUUUUUUCUUUGUAUUAUGAUGGAAGAAAUGAAUGAGAGAAAAGGAGAGAGAGAUAUAACUAAAGAGAAAAUCCACAAUGAGUGUUAUAUUGUUUUUGUCGAAGAAGAAGAAGAAAAUUAUCUCCUCAGUUGACUAAUUUAUCAGGAAAGAAUCUUGUUGAAUGAUGUGGAAUAUCUACGUAUUUAUCAUUAUUCUUCUUCUUCUCAUUCUCAACAAUGAAAUAUCAGGUAGAUAUUUUUGUUUAGCACAUAUCGAAGGUCAUCUAAUCGUCUUUUUGAAAAAAUCAAAACAAAUUGAUUUUCUUCGAUAAACUCAUCCGAGAAUAUAUAACAACAAUGACAGAAAUUCUUCCAAAAUUAAUCUCAAUAAAUUUUUUGGAAAAUAAACAAAUUACCAAUUUCAUUUCGUUUACCAUUCUUCUCUAAUGUUCUUUCUAUUUUUCUUAUUUUCAGCUCUUUCAUUCAAUCAACCACGAUUUUCUUCAAUACCCAUUUGGGAUUCCAAUGCAAUUACCAUUGCUAAUCGAUCGAUUGUUGGUUAUAAUCCUACCGGUAUUUUUGUGCACACAAACAACACGAUCUAUGUCGUGAAUCAAGAAGAGAACACAAUUGUCGUAUGGCAUGAAGAGAGUGUCAAUUCAACAAAAAUCAUUUAUGGUAACUUCACACAUUCCUCUUCUCUCUUCGUAUCGUCAAAUGGCGAUAUUUACAUUGAUGAUGGUAUUGAGCAUGGUCAAGUGCAGAAAUGGAUAGCAGAAACAAAUAUCUUUGUCACGGUAAUGAAUGUUCGUUCACAAUGUGACGGUUUAUUUGUCGAUAUCGAUAAUACUCUUUACUGUUCAAUGUCUCUUUUCGCUGAAGUAGUGAAAAGAUCGUUGAAUGAUCCUGUGAUGACUCCGAAUCGUGUUGCUGCUGGAACAGGUUUUGAAGGAUCAGCCUCGAAUGAACUAAAUUAUCCAGGUGGAAUCUCUGUGGAUGUCAACUUGGAUCUAUAUGUGGCAGAUUGUGGAAACGAUCGCGUUCAGUUGUUCCAACCUGAGGAAUCAAAUGGAAUCACAGUAGCUGGAAGUACCUCACUAACUCCAACAAUUUCACUUCGUUGUCCAACUGGAAUUGUCUUAAAUGCUGAGAAGUAUUUAUUCAUUGCGGAUAUAGGCAACGAUCGAAUUGUUGGUUCGGAUCUGAAUGGUUUUCGAUGUUUAGUUGGAUGUUAUGGAGAGGGUUCACAGUCUAAUCAAUUGAGUUAUCCAUUUAGUUUGAGUUUUGAUCGUUCUGG